UUUUUUUUUUUUUUGGGGGGGUAAAUUAAUUUGAUAGGUUUAUGUAUAUUUUAUCCAUAUUUUAAUCAUUAUUUUAUAUUUUUAAUAAAAAAAAAAAAAAUGUAAUUUAACAGGGCAGGUGUCUAGUCUGUGCCUUUGGUAGUUAUUCCCCUUAAAUCGUAUGGUAUGGUACUCAAUAUUCGUGCCUCAUGUCUUUUCGUGCCCAAACAGGAAAUGAUGAAAUCUCGCGUGCUCACGCGCUGCGCGUGAUUUGCAGCUGUCAAAAAUAAAGGGUAAAUACUAAUCUAUUUUAAGCAGCAGUUACAAAAAGAAUGCGACACAAAAAGUUAAAUCAAAGAGAAGGUAGAAAAUACCGAUCGUACAGUACCAAUACCCUCACAGAAGCUUACUUUGCAGUAAAAGAUGGCAAAAUUACAGUUAAAGGGGCAUCUAGACAAUUUGGUAUUCCUGAGCAAACACUCAGAGAUCGUGCGCUUGGAAAAAUUGACAUUGACUGUGUUAGUUCAGGUUGUUUGCCAGUACUUACCUUGGAUGAAGAGACCAAGAUUGUGGAACAUUUGAAGAGGAUGGCAUCGUAUGGGUACGGUUACACCAGGCAGGAGGUGAUUGAUAUAGCCACAGACUAUGCUGUCAAACUGGGAAAAAGAAUUUCUGAGAAACCUUUUACAUUAGGUUGGCUCUAUCUCUUCAUCCGUAGAUGGCCUGAACUGCGACUUAUCAAACCACGUGCCCUUGAACAGUUUAGAGCAAAGUGUACCUCGUCUACAGUUGUCUGUUCAUACUUUGAUGAGCUUGAAAAUAUCAUCACUAAGUACAGUCUUUACGAUAAGCCACACCUGAUCUUCAAUGUCGACGAAAAAGGUAUCACCCAGAACCACAGUCCCCCACGUGUUGUUGCUGGAAGGGACCAACAUCCCCAGGCUGUUACCUCAGGAAAGUCACUGACAACAACCAUUAUUGGAUGUGGAAGUGCUAGUGGUAUAGCAAUACCACCAUUCUUCGUUUUUGCCGGAAAGAGGAAGAUGCCAGAACUGAUGCAUGGAGCGUCUCCAGGUGCAGAUUGCGAAAUGUCAGAUACAGGAUGGUCAAAUUCUGACAUCUUCCGACAUUACCUGCAAGAUCAUUUUAUAAAGUUUAUACCCCAAAGACAGCCAGAUCAGCACUUACUUCUUCUACUCGAUGGUCACAAAUCACACGUGUCUUUAGAUUUGGUGGAGUGGGCAAAAGAAAAGAAAAUAAUCCUGUUUAUUUUGCCUGCACAUACAUCCCAUAUUUUACAACCCUUGGAUGUUGCAUGCUACGGUCCUUUACAAAAAUUCUACAGUUAUGAGUGUCACAAAAUAAUGAGGCAAACAUCGACAGGUAUAACUCGAUACAAUAUCUGCGAGUUGUCCUGUAAGGUUUACUCCCGAGCCUUGUCAGCCGAGAACCUUCAUGCUGCAUUCCGUAAGACUGGAAUCUUUCCUUUAUGCAGAAACGUGAUCAGCAAUGAAAGUGUAAUGCCAGCUGAAAUUUAUCACAAUGGUCAAGACAAUGCCGAAGCCAACGAUAUUCAAACAGAGAUACCAGAUGGCCUGGACAAUCAAACUGUUCCUACUGAAAAUAUUUGCACCACAACAAACAAGGAAACAGAAGUUUGUCUUUCUGAGUCACCAAGUGCAUUUUUAUGCCCAAAAUUUGCUAAUCUAAGAAACACAAAGCAGCUAGAUAACAACAAAAAGCCACGGAGAUCUCUCAGUAAAGUCGUAUCAGGUCGACCUAUAACGGAAAGCCAUAUUACUCAGAAAGUUGACGACUACAUGCAUGCCAGUGGAACAACCAAACCUACUAUCAAAAACAGUAGGAACUCCAAGAACAAGUCAGGGAAAACUGCAAAGAAACAAAAAAGAUUUGAAAACUGCAAAAAUACAAGCUCUCCUCAACCUGGACCGUCAACUUACAACAAUCCUGACUCGUAUUCACCUUCAUCAGACAACAGCGAUAUCGAUAUCGAAGAGAGUGAAAAAUGCUGUGUUUGUCACAUGUUUACACCCACGCAAGAGAUACAGAAGGUAUGGGCUUCGUUCAGAUAG